ACCGAUUGGCCAUGGACGCCUCUCGGAAGCUUCAAGUACGCGAUUUUGGCGCCUGGGGUGAUUCACAGCAUUUACCAGUACGUGGUGAAGGAUGAAACAGAGAGGGACUUUUCGUACCUUAUCUUUUUCCCGUUCCUGUUGUGGAGGGUGAUUCAUAACCAGAUUUGGAUCUCUGUGUCUCGCUAUCGAACUGCUAAAGGCAAGGCCCGUAUUGUAGAUAAGGGCCUCGAAUUCGAUCAAGUCGACAGAGAAAGAAAUUGGGACGACCAAAUAUUGUUGAAUGGAAUCUUAUUUUACAUAGUAAGCAAUGCAUUGGCGAAAGCUUCAAACCUUCCUCUGUGGAGGACAGAUGGGGUGGUUAUUACGUUUUUGCUACACGCAGGUCCGGUGGAGUUUCUAUACUACUGGUUUCACAGAGCUCUGCACCAUCAUUAUCUCUAUUCUCGCUACCAUUCUCACCACCACUCUUCCAUUGUUACGGAGCCUAUUACUUCUGUGAUCCAUCCAUUUGCAGAGGAGUUGGUUUAUUUCAUUCUGUUCGGCAUACCUUUGAUGACAACAGUAUUGAAUGGAACUGUGUCUGUGGCAACUUACGUUGUUUAUAUUUCAUACAUUGACUUCAUGAACAACAUGGGACAUUGCAACUUUGAGUUCAUCCCCAAUCGCCUCUUCACUCUCUUUCCUCCUCUCAAGUUCCUCAUCUAUACUCCCUCGUUUCACUCGUUGCAUCACACGCAAUUCCGAACCAACUACUCACUAUUUAUGCCCUUUUAUGAUUACAUCUACGGCACAUUCGACAAAUCUUCAGAUGCUCUCCACCAAAAAUCCCUCAAAAGAGAGGAAGAAUCUGCUGACGUGGUCCAUCUGACUCAUCUCACAACUCCCGAAUCCAUCUAUCAUCUACGGUUAGGAUUUGCCACGCUGGCCUCCAGGCCCCACACCUCCACGUGGUAUCUGUGGUUGCUGUCACCCAUAACGAUGGGGUCCAUGCUGCUGACCUGGAUUUAUGGACGUACAUUUGUCGCCGAGAGGAACCAGUUUGGCGAUCUCAAGAUGCAAACCUGGGCCAUCCCCAAGUAUAAAUUUCAGUACUUGCUUCAAUGGGAAACCCAAUCAACAAACAACUUGAUUGAAGAAGCGAUAACCAAGGCGGACCAAAAGGGGUGUAAAGUCUUAACUUUAGGCCUUCUGAAUCAGGGAGAGGAACUGAACAAAAAUGGAGGGAUUUAUGUACAAAGAAACCCUAAACUAAGAGUGAGGGUGGUGGAUGGGAGUAGCUUGGCUGUGGGUAUAGUGCUGAACAGCAUCCCUAAAUUUGGCACCCAAAUUCUCCUCACAGGCAAAUUUACAAAAGUGGCCUUUGCCCUUUAUCAUUCCCUCUCCAAAAGAGGCAUUCAAAUUGCUGUGUUGCAUCAACAACACUACAAACAACUCAAAAAAGCUUCUGAUAGUGCCAACUUUGAUGCCACCCCACUUCUCUCAACAGGCUCUUCUCAAAAGAUAUGGUUGGUGGGAGAUGGAGUUAGAGAUGAAGAACAGCUAAAGGCUCCAAAAGGAACAAUUUUCAUUCCCUUCUCUCAGUUCCCUCCAAAGAUUGUACGCAAAGACUGCUUCUACCACUACACACCUGCAAUGAAGGCUCCUCCUUCCAUUGAAAAUGUGCACUCUUGCGAGAAUUGGUUGCCAAGACGGGUGAUGAGUGCAUGGCGCGUUGCGGGAGCUGUGCAUGCCAUGGAAGGGUGGACCGAGCACGAGUGUGGCGACGCAAUGUUCGAUGUCGAGCACGUCUGGCAGGCAAGUCUUCGACAUGGUUUUCAGCCUUUGAAGAUGCCUAGUACGACUACCAAUGGCUCUCUAUGUAAUUUAUAGUUUUAUGUACUAUAUAAUAGGUCCCUAUGUGUGGUUUUUAUAAUAACUUUAUAUAUGUUGGUAUUUGUGGUGUGUGAGGAAUCUAAGGCCAUGAUUGAGGAGAUGAGAAAGGGUGGGUAUAUAUGGCUCAUGGUAGUAACGUUCAUAUUUCUGUCUCUUCAUUUUCAAUAAAGAAAAAUGAAAAUUGUUCUCUCUUA